CCCAAGUUCUGCCAGUAACAAUGAGGUGCGAUAUUUCUUUGCAUUUGGGUAGUUAGGUUGACAGUUUGCUUUUCGCUUCAUAAGUUAUAAUUAACCGUAAAGCAGAAUUUAAAUUUGUAAUCAUGUUUUUUAAAAAUACAUUUCUGUAUACAGUUAUAAUAUGGGUUCGAUUUGGUGUUUAUGCCCAAGGCGAGGAAGCUAGAAAAAAUGAGACACAGUUUACAACACCUGAAUAUAUCCUACCAUGUUAUAAAUCAGACCCAAACCUCAACAAAUGCUUACAAGGAACAUUUAACCACCUAAGGCCCUAUUUAGUCAAUGGACUGACAGACAUUAAUGUACCAAGUAUCGACCCUUUUAAGUUGGAUAAAAUCGUAAUUGAAAACGGUCAAGGACCUUUAAAAGUUAAGGCUUCAUUUUACAACGUUACAGCGCAAGGAGCUCAAAAUUAUACUGUUGAAAAAAUAAACGCCAAUGUAGAUGAUUACAUUAUCGAAAUAGGGUUUAAAUUUCCAAGGAUGGAUAUAAGAGGGAAAUACGAUGUAAAUGGUAAUGUAUUGCUAUUUCCAGUACGAUCCAAGGGAGACUUUUGGGCAAUUUUUCUUGAUAUUGAAGCGGCAGCAAAAAUAUAUGGUGUAGAAUUUAUCAGAGAUAACGUGCGAUACAUGAGAGUAGAAAAAAUGCUUGUUGAUUUUAAGUUGAAAAAAAGCAGAUUUAGAAUCAGAGAUAUAAUAAAUCAUAGCAAUAUUAUCGGUGAGGCUAUGAAUAAUUUUCUUAACAACAACUCUGAAGAAAUAAUCAGAGAAAUGAAGCCAGCAGCCCGAUUGUCAAUAGCCAGACAUUUUAAAGGGUUUUUAAAUAGCGCCUUUAUGCAGCUGCCUUUAAAAAUAUGGUUACCAGAUGCUUAGCAACGUAGGAAAUAAGGACUUUUGUACAUAUUUAUUUUCUUAGGUUAAGUACAGGCUGUGGUUUAAGAACAAUAAGAAGGUUUUAUGCACUUAAUUAUGUUACUCUUCUUUAUAUAAACUAAAGUCGGAAUCGUGACUAUUUUUGUACAAAUAGUUUUACUGGAAAAAAAACUCAGCUACACAUACUACUCGUUAAAGUAGUGAACUGUUUUAGCUUGGAUGCAACUAGAAUUAUAAAUAAGUAUAAGUAAAUAACGAUGUUUUUAAAUUUUAUUGUAUUUCCAAGUUAAAAAAAAAAUUAUGAAAUUGUGGAACCCCACAUUGAACUGACAUCAAACAAACAUUGAUAAAAUUAUAUUUUUUUAUCGAUAUGCAUUAAACAAAUUCAUUAUUAAGAUUGAUAUACAGUUUUGUAAUUAAGUUUUUUUUAAUUAAAUGUUUAUUUUCUACAA